UCGCGUUCGUUAGCAUAAUCAAAAUUCUUUUCAUCGAUUAAAAGAUAACGUUUGAUAGAAAUGAUUCACGAAACCUAGUUAUGAAUGCCUUUUCUCUUCAACCAGCCCAGAAAUGCAUAUAAUUGCCCUUGUUGUCUUUCUGUUCAAGUUAAUCGCAGCUAACUAUUCACCGGAUUACAAAGAAGAAUUAAGCUUGUAUAGAAGGUUAGCCGACCAUGAAGUCGUACCCAACAUGUUUAAUAUUACCGAAGGAUACACCACCGAAUGGCUGAAUGUAUCGUACCCCGGAAUCGACAUUCAAGGUAGUUAUGUAAAACUUGAUUGGAUCAAAAAUGAACCACUCAAGGUGGAAUGGUCGCGCUGUAAAAAGGACAAGUAUUAUACUCUAAUGUUAGCAGAUAUCGAUUAUGUUCCAUAUCGGUUCUCAAAUGACAAGCAUUGGUACGCAUGGUUCAUCGGAAAUAUUCCUGGACCGAUUUGCAAUAUUACGGAAGGAGAUUUAAUAUUUCCUUAUUUAAUCAAAGGACCUGAACAUGGAAUAGACAGUCACCGUUACUUUUACUUUGUUUGGGAACAAUACAUUUACGACGAAGAAUUCAAAAAUCCUAAAAGAUUUAACCCAAACACCAAGCGAACGUAUUUAGAAGUUAAUCUAUGGGCGGAAAUUUUCAAUAUGGAUGGUCCAGUAGCCGCAAAUUACUUUGUAUUACACUACGACUAAAUCAAUACUAUGUACCUAUUUUUUGAUACCGGUGUUUUAAAAUAAAUAACAAGAAUAAAUCUUUGAACGUCUUCA